AUGGCCAGCAAUGUUGCCUCUGGGCUGCCUUUUAGAGUUCUUCUGCCACUUUCCCUGACUGUAGGAAGCACGAAGUAUCUGCUAAGAGCAAUCUGUUACUCUAGUGGCUUCUUCUUCCUGAUACAAGUGAUCUUGCAGGUGGCUUUUCAUUACAAACCUCCUGAUGGUGCAGUUUGGGAAAUGAUACUUGGGGAUUUGGGAAUUCUAAGAUUCAGCCAGGUGGAUGCUGGAAAUAUCGUGCGUCUUCUGGCUCCAGACAUUGGGAUGCUGCUCAUGUCUCUUGUCAUCAUAAAUCUGAGCCAAAAGCUGGUGAUGCCCCUUGCUCCUGACACACUUUUACCUUCCCAUAGCCAUGAGCUGGAGGAGAAAACAGAGGAGGAGAGCGAGAUAGGAGAUGAAACUGAUCUGGACAUUGAUGACUGUAGUUCUGACAGCAGCACAUCCUCUGAAGAAAGUGUUUCUGAAGCAAGAUCCAUGGGGAAGAUGGCAGAAUUCUUAGGCAAAAUCGCUAACAUCACCACCCACUUGAAAACAAUAUUGGAUACUCUUGUUACAAUAGCUGGGAAGGUCCUGGUGACUCUACUCCUGGGUUUGUCAGGGAUCAUCUAUCCUUCACUGACAUCUGCUGUGUACUUUGUCACCUUCCUGGCCAUAUGCUCCUGGUGGUCCUGUCAUCAUGAAGUGGGCACCCUGGCCUUCAGCACCAUCUGUGUGUCCAUGGCCAUCUUUACUGCAGGCCACAUCGGGAGUCUCUAUCUCUAUCAGUUGCCCUAUUUUCAGGACUUAGUCCCCCCUGAGGACAUUUAUGCCAGGCUACUGGGAAUGACUGCUGUUAUUAAAACCAAUAGGACAGAAUCCUGGAAACUCCACAUCCAUCAGGAGCUCAGCUGGCCUGAGUUUGCAAAUCCUCUCAUUCUGCUUCUAUCCUAUUAUGUACUAAUCAUGCUAUUACAUCAGCGGAAUCCAAAUCCAGGGAUAAGUGAAUGUAAUCAAGAAUGGAUAGAGGAGUUCACCCCAGACUCUUCAACAAACCUUGAUGAGGUGGAGCUGAAUUGUAUUCUGUGGCCUGUUGUCAGCGAGAAGGACAGGUUAACUGUGCUCCCAAGUGGGAGCUGGCAGGUUGUGCCACUCCUAAAGUGUGAAAAGUAUGAACUCCCAAGUUGUGGCGUGGAUUCACCUGUCUUUUGUGAUUCAGAACAUGUUUCCCAGGAAGAAUUAUUUCCAGGGAUCUCUACUUCAAUCCUCAUUGAUUUUGAUCUAAAGCCUUAUGCCCAGCCCUGCUUCCAUAUUGGUGUCAAGACUUUCUAUGCAUUUUCAUUUUGGCUUCUCCUGAGGCAAUACAUGACAGAGAGACAAUCACUGGCAAAGGCAAAGGAAGAGCCUCUACAGGAAGUAACUGCGGAUGAAUGUGGACAAGAGAAACAAACAAAUGCUCUAAUGGAUAUCUUGGGCUCCUUCCUUACUGGAAUCCUGGUUAAAUACUGGAUCUUCCUGUGUGGCAGCAUGUUCUUUAUUGUCAGCUUUGAUGGCAAGGUGGUUGUCUACAAAAUCCUCUACAUCAUGCUUUUUCUGGCUGGUGUGGCAUUAUAUCAGAUUCACUACGGCUGCUGGAGGCGAAGUCUGAAGUAUUUCUGGAGGGCAGUGGUCUCUUAUUCCAUGGUGGUUCUUAUUGCUGUCUAUGGCUACCAGUUUAAAACCAUUUCUGGCUUUUUAAUUCACACACUGGGACUGUCAGAAGAAGGGUUAAGAGACAUAGGGCUGGAGCAAUUUGAGACGGUGGAGCUGUUUGCAAAGAUUAUGCUUCCUGCGGCUUUUCUCCUGGCAUGCAUCCUUCAGCUGCAUUACUUUAAUGAAGACUUUCUCAAGAUCACCAGCCUGAAUAAUAUUGCCAUCAGUUUGGAAGGCAAGGCUGACAGCCUGAUGCCUGAGAAGAAAAAUGAUGAAACUCAGAACUCCAUGAACAAUCUAGACACUGUCAUAGUGGAUGAAAAGCAGAAGCAAGAGAAAAAUGAGCAGCCAGAGCAGGAAGGAACAGCAGAAACAAGAGAUUGUGACUGGAUGAUUGACAAGCUAACUGCUGGUUUUCUGAAACUUCUAGAAAUAGUUAAUGGAACUCAAGUGUUACUAUGGAGACUCCUGGAAAUACACAUCAUUAAGAUUGUUUCCACUGUGAUCAUCUGGAUUACGCUUCAAGAGGUUUCCUUCAUGAAUUGUCUUUUCUAUAUUGUCUGGGUGUUUGCAUUGCCAUAUUCGAAGCUACGGCUAUAUGCAUCACACAUCUGCACAGUUUGGGCUUGCAUGGUGGUCAUCUGCAAAAUGAUGUAUCAGCUGAAGUUUGUCAAGCCUUGGACCUACUCUUCUAAUUGCACUGAGUUGUAUCAGAAUGGAACCCUUCUAUUUGACAACCUGGAGGAGCUGCAGGAGGCCUCUCUCUUAUAUAACUCCCCUAUUGAUCCAGCGUACUGGUUUGGGGGGCUAAGAAAAUCUCACCCUAUCUCUCUGACUUUACAGAAUCAUCUCAUUAUCUUGGCACUAAUGGCAAUCGAGGCCACUGUGUACAGGCACCAGAAAUUCUACCGGUGCCUCAAGCAGCUGAAACAACCUCUGAUGGGCACCAUAUUUGAGGGCGUCACUAGAGAGCACCUGGAUGAUGGACUACUGAGCACUGUCAAAUAUUUUAUUAACUAUGGCUUCUAUAAGUUUGGGUUAGAGAUGUGUUUUGUUGCCGUUCUGAUUGUCGCAGGACACCGCAUGGAUUUUUAUUCCCUGGUCCACGUCUGCUCAUUGAUUUAUUUGCUGCAUCUUCGGAGGAGGAAAGCAAUUGCUGAGGCCUGGCCAAGCUACUGCGGGUUUCUUGCUAGUCUAAUGACCUUUCAGUACCUUUUAUGUGUUGGAAUCCCUCCAGCCUUUUGCAAAGAUUACCCGUGGAGAUCCAUGAGACCAGCAAUCCAUUCAAAUCUCAUCAAGUGGUUGUAUCUCCCAGAUUUUGCCAAGAAACCAGAUGCUCUUUUUUUGCUGUAUGAUUUUUUGCUUCUGCUCUUUGCCUCUCUCCAGAGGCAAGUAUUUGAAGAUGAGAAUAAGGCUUCUGUGAGAAUGCAGGUAGGAGAGAAUGUGGAGAUAAGCCAAGAUUUAAUUCCAGAAGACCUCAGUCAGCUCACUACAAUACCAAACUUUAUUUACUGCCGGUCCUACCUGGAUAUGGCUAAAGCCAUUGUGUUCAGCUACCACCUCUGGUUUGUGCUCUGCCUGGUUUUCCUCACGGGAACAACUCGUAUCAAUAUCCUUUGUACUGGCUACCUGGUGGCCUUUUUCUACUUCAUGCUCCAUGGAAGGGCCCUCCUAUUGAGACCUGUGAAAAUUAUUCUCCAUCAGUGGGACUACCUGAUAAUAUACACUGUUCUGGUGAUUGCCACAAAGAACCUUCUAAGUGUUGGAGCUUGUGCCUAUCUGGAAGGAUUGCUGAAUUCCCACUGCUGGCUUGUUCACAGUUUUAGCAUGUACUGCACAAUAGGUGGCUACAGCUUGUCUAUUCCAGAUGAUGAAGGGUGUGAGCUUCCCGAAGAGGAUGCUGGGAUCCUAUGGGAUGCUAUGUGUUUCGCCUUCUUGCUAAUCCAGAGGAGGAUUUUUACAAGUUACUAUCAUCUUUAUGUUGUGGCUGAUCUAAAAGCUACUGACAUCUUAGCAUCCAGAGGGGCUGAGAUGUUUGACCUGAAGUUAAAAAAGUUUUUGGUGCUUCGAGAAGAAGAAGAGGAAAAGUCAAAACUGUCCAUGCUGAAACAAAUGGAGAAAAUCAAAUCAAAACAGAAGAAAAUUGAUAGUAUGCAACAGACCAAUAAGAUCCCUGAUGCCUCAAAGAUUAAAGACAGCCACCUUCCCAAACCAGGAGCAAGACAAGCACAAGGGUCAAAGGACAGAAAUAUGGAGCACUGUGAAGAUGUUGAUGCUGAUGUCUUAGAGAAAGAAGAUGACAGCUUACAUGAACCAGAAAUUCUAAUGCACAGAAUAAUCAAUAUGGUCAAAUUUUCGUGGGUCUUUGGGAAAGUGCUGCUGCAGGACACCAUAGCAGCAGUGCACUCCCUGUACAAAGAGAGCUGGGACAUAAGCACUGUGUUGAGGAUGGAGCGGUGCAUGCUGCUGAGAGGGCUCUCUAAGGGAGACAAGACCACCAAAGAGGACAUUUUGAGAUUCUACCACUUAAAGCUUCAGGAGAAACAGAAAACCACACCUGUCGAAAUAAAGGAAAGAAAGCCAGGAGCAGAAGAUCAGGGAAAUGCUGGGUUACCUGAGCACCAGCAAUUACAGAGGGACAAUGCACAGUUACCAGACAAGUCAGAAGAGGAGGUGAUUCUUCCAGGGGAUCCAUGUAGGCAUAAAGACACCUCAAGUCAGCACUCCCCCAGAAAGGAGUUUCAGUUGCAGGCUGGAGAGUGGAAGGACUCUGCCAAGAAUGACCUUGAGGACCUGCCAUCAUCACUGGGCCAUCCACCAACUCGAGAAGAGCCACAGUCUCUUGAGGACACCAUGGCACCCAGGAAACUCUCAAAGAUGGAUGAUGACUAUGCAAGUGAUGAUGAGAAAAACCUAGAUGAGGAAGAUGAGGGCAAGAUAGACUCAGGACCUGUCUGUCAAGAAGCCAGUACACCCGACAGCAGCUCUGUGCAAGCUCAACGAAGAAGCUCCUUAUUAGAAACCAAAGACUUGAUUACUUCCUUACCAAGUCAGAGGAAGAAAGAGGCUACUAGGUCCAGAAGAAAAACAUCUUUCCCAUUAUUGACAGCUGAAGAUUUACUCCUUGAAAGGAUGUUUCAUGACCCUGAGCUGGAGGAGUCAGACAAGUUCUUUAGGAGCCUCCCUCAACUGGUGAAGCUCAUUUUGGAGCUAUAUGGGCUGAUUGAGUCCAAGUCUGAAAUGCUCUGUUACUUCAUCAUCAUUCUAAACCACAUGGUCUCAGCUUCCAUUCUGACAUUGGUGCUCCCCAUUCUGUGCUUCUUAUGGGCUAUGCUCUCUGUUCCGAGGCCUCCUAAACGUUUCUGGAUGGCUGCCAUCUUUUACACAGAGGCAGCAGUAGUGGUUAAAUAUUUCUCACAGUUUGGAUUUUUUCCCUGGACCACAAAGCUCUAUGCUGGUAUACAUGGAGAAAAGCCAUUCGCUCUGCCAAAUCUAGUCGGGAUCGAAAAGAAGAGUGGUUAUGUCCAUUAUGACCUUGUGCAGUUGCUGGCUUUGUUCUAUCACAGGUCAAUACUGAAGGUAAUUCUUGAAGAGGAUGUGUUGUGUGUGUUUUUUUGGGAAAACCAGAACAGAAGAUCCAAGAAGAUAAGGAGCUGGUUCAGGACAUUUCCAAUCAAUAAAAAGCUGCUGACUGCCAGGAUGCUGAAGAAAAGGAUGGUGAAAGUCAGAACGCUAGCGAUUGAAACUGCCCUCCAGAUCUAUCGGCCCAUCAGACAUUUCUUCUACAACAUUAUCCACCCAGAAUUCAGCCCCGUGUGUGAUGUCUAUGCCUUCAUGUUCCUGGUUGAGGUCAUCAACUUUCUCAUCAUCAUCUUUGGAUACUGGGCCUUUGGUAAAUACUCAGCUGCUGACUUUUCUGAGACACUUUCUGAAGACCAGGUGCCAGAAGCUUUCUUGGCAAUGAUCCUCAUCCAGUUUGGCAGCAUGAUUGUGGACCGCGGCAUCUACCUGAGAAAAACCAUGUUUGGCAAGUGCUUGUUUCAGGUUGUGCUUGUCAUUGGAGUCCACUUCUGGCUGUUCUUCAUUCUUCCGGGAGUAACCAAGAGGAGAUUCUGCUUAAACUACGUGGCUCAGAUUUGGUACCUGGUCAAAUGUAUUUACUUUGGCCUGUCAGCUUAUCAGAUCAAAUGUGGCUACCCAAAUCGUAUCCUGGGCAACUUUCUGACCAAAAACUUCAAUUUCCUCAACCUCUUCCUAUUUCAAGGUUUUAGAAUUGUGCCUUUCCUUCUGGAGCUGAGAGCGGUUAUGGAUUGGAUAUGGACUGAUACUGCCCUCAGCUUGUCUAGUUGGAUCAGUCUGGAGGACUUGUAUGCCAAUAUUUUCAUCAUGAAAUGCUGGAGGGAAUCUGAGAAGAAAUAUCCCCACCCACCAGGGCAGCAGAAGAAGAAGAUUGUGAAGUAUGGACAUGGAGGAGUCAUUACCUUUGCUCUAGUUUUCCUCAUGUGGUUCCCAUUGGUUUUUAUGUCUCUGCUGAAGACAGUGGGGGGAGUGACUAACCAGCCAUUGGAUGUCUCCAUCAAAAUUUCCAUCAGUGGUUAUGAGACCCUUUUUGCCAUGAGUUCUCAGCAGCAAAAUCUUGUCCCCUUCUCUCAGAAAGCAUUUGACAACCUGACAGCUCGGUAUGCAUUCCAUCCGGCUGCCAUGCAGUUCAUAUCAAACUAUUACCCAGAGGACAUCACUGUGGCAAAAAUGAAAAGUCAUGCCAGUCUACUCUGGAACAUCAGCCCUGCCAACCGGGCAGCCAUGAUCGAUGAACUCUCCAAUGCCACGGCUAUUUAUGUCACCUUGACGUGGACCAUUCAGAGGAAUGUCUCUAUAGUCAAGAAUGUGGAAGCAUCCGGCAAGUACACGGUGUGUUACAGAGAUAAGGAAAUGAGAGAUCAAAUUGUCCAAAUGCUUACCCACAUCAGGAAAGAGCCCAUAACUCUUCCAGGUCUGAUUCCCAAAGCUCUAAGGACAACAGCUGGAACAGAAGCUAAGAUUGCACACCGGUUGGAAGUUGUUCAUUCUGAAAAGCCCCAGGACAUUGACAGGCUGGCUUUCUACAGAAACAUCACCAUCCGGCUGCAGCAGCUGUCAGCCAAUGCCUCUUCCUCAGACUCUGGGACCACUGAGUGGUGGGUUAUCCAGGAAUGGGGACCCAACUGUGCAAAGAACCAAGGCUGUGGUCGGGACCUUGAGAUUAUUAUCUACAGUGACAAAGUCAGCCCCCAAAGCCUGGGCUUCCUUGCGGGAUAUGGCAUCACUGGGCUGUACGUGUCUGUUGUGAUGGUUAUUGCAAAGUUUAUUCGGGAACAUUUCAAUGGCAUCUCACGUUCCAUCAUGUAUGAGGAACUCCCUGAUGUGGACCGCAUCCUCAAGCUCUGCACUGACAUCUUCCUGGUCAGAGAAAUUGGUGACCAUGACCUGGAGGAGCAGCUCUUCUCCAAGCUCAUCUUUUUGUAUCGUUCUCCAGAAACUAUGAUCAAGUGGACCCGAGAGGCCCAGCCACCUCCCCAGCAGCCUGUGGAUCAGUGA